UUUUUUUUUUUUUUUUUGAGUCAAGAUGGAUUUGUUUAUCCGAAAGGAGCUGACGUUGAACAGCUCCACGGACUUGGAGGAUGUGGCUCCGAACUGCCUUAAGCUUCUGGUCUGGCUACGAUCGUGUCAGGAGGAGAUGAGGUCACAGAACCGACGCCUCCGGCUCACCCAAUCACUGAUCGAGACUAUGCUGAAGGCGUUGGUGUACCUGUUCGAGUGUUAUGCGCGCUUUGGAGUGCCGUUGGCGGAUCGUGUCGAUUCCCACUUGUUUUUUGAACAAUGCUCUACUUCGGAUGGACGGAGACAGUAUAUUCGAGAUCUCUGCAAGGGAAUAGUGAACACCCGAAAGGGAGAACUUCUGGCUCCGCUACUUCAUUUCAUACAGAAACCCCUGUCAGAGGUUCAGCCCGAUUGGGGAGUCAUUCGAGAGCUGGAUUGGUCCGAGAUUCGGCAAACAGAACCUGUGUCCCUGGCCGAUAUUGUUCAUCCCGAUCUGCAGCAGAUGCGCUGCCUGGUGAAGCGAAUUUGCCGGCUACCUAGUCUGGAGAGUAUCCAAACAGCUCUCCAUCGGUCCAUGGAGCUCAUUGGAUUUCCGGUAUGGCUGCACCUUUACCAAGAGCCUCGGGAGAAUAGCCUUCAUUCAGAUUGUCUUCUGUUAAGCCACAUGAUCUCUGACAUCCUGGUGGAGGGUAAAUCCCCCGUUUGUUCCAGUUUCCUGCACCACAUCUUCGAUUUUGUAGCUAAGCCCGCCAACGAGAUACGAUUCUUUGCCUGUCUGGACCAUGUUCGACUGGCCGGGUGCCUGAUUACAUUCCUCACUAGCUAUUGGAAGCUGUAUUUGCCUCAUUUAGAUCUGGAAGAAAUGGAAAUGGCACCCAACGGUCCUGCCAUCGACACAAAAUUUCCCAUUGACGAUGCUACGUUUGUGACGCAUCUGAUGCUGGGAAACCGGUCUCCAUGCCGCUACAAGUUCCACCAGCAGCUUGUUACUACCCUGCCGCCAGCCACCACCCGCCAAAUGAAGCAGUUGCUCAGUAAAGCCGCAUUUGUUUACAGUUAAAA